AUGUUUAUCCUCACGACCUUCGACGACCUUAUUCAAAUUCCUCCUCAGGAGUUUGACAUCCCAAGCCAUCAAGUUAUCGAGGACAAAAUCAAUGGGAGAUACGCGGAUCGGGUGAUUCAGAAGGUAGGACUCUGUAUCUGCCUUUAUGAUGUCCUGGAAGUUUCAGAUGGUCUCAUCGGCCAUGGCACUGGAAUGGUCAACGUCAACGUGACGUUCCGAAUGGUUGUAUUUAGACCUUUCCAAGGGGAAAUUCUGGAGGGCACGCUGUGGAACUCGGACGCGGAGGGCAUCAAACUACACACCAACUUCUUCAGCGACAUCUACGUCCCCAAGGAUGCAUUGUUCGACAACACGAACUACAAUUCCAAGGAACGUGUUCACGUCUGGGACACCAACCCUGACGCCGCCAACCAACACCCCGGGGCCGCCGAUGACGACUCCCGCUACCUCUGGUUCGAUCUCGGCGAGACGGUCCGUUUCCGGAUCGAAGGCGAGGUCUGGAUGGAAGAGGAGUCCACGACGCCCAAACCGCCGAUUAUCGACGCACCGCCGCCGGGAAAGCAGCCGGAUCCUCAUCGAGUGAAGGCGGAGGCCGGGGAUGUGGGACAGGAGAAAGGCAAGAGCAAGGUUCCCCCGUAUCGUAUUAUGGCUUCAAUGUCGCGAGAGGGACUUGGCCCCACGAUGUGGUGGACUGGAGGGGAGGAUGAGGGGAUGGAUGAAGAAUAUCAAGAGGAAGGGGAAGCCACCGAAGGCGGUGCUGCGGUGUGA